ACUUAAUUUCCCUUAUUUUACCACACAGUGCAAUCAACACAUACACUGUAUCCAAACUUACAACUAGCAUCUCGAUAUUUUUACCCGCCCAAUCUUAAUUUUGCCUUGAAAAAAAAAAGGAGAAGGUCACAUUGUUCUGAUCUGAAUUUUUACAACCAAAUUUUUCAAAUUCAUAAACACCCACAUUCCCUUGUUCAAGGAUGAACGAAUAUGGCGGUCUAGGAAUAGUGAUCGAAGAAAACGAAGAGAAAACAUACGCCCCUGAUUUGAAUUUAAAACGCCCGAAUAUACUAUCUAAUUCAAACUCUAUGAAUUCAAUGAUGACCCAAUCUACAUCAGUAGCAUCAUCUCCCAUGAUAAUAGAAGAAAAUGAACAUACUGAAGACCAGCAAAUACCCGUGGUUGAAUACGCCGAACAACAAGAUACCAAUAGAAAUGAAUCCACCACAACAAUCCUGCGAGCUUCUAUAGAAACUGAAUCUUUAUUGCCACCACUUCCUGACGCAAUCGAAGAUUUGACCACGAGCGAAAAACCUCCAGCAAGUACCACCACCACCACAACCACAUUUGAAGAUAGCCAUUCCACUCAUAGCAAUGACAGCAUUUUGUCUAAUAAAGAUGCAGAAUAUAAGAAAACCGUCUAUCUAACCAACAACAAUCCUGCUGGUAAUUUCUCCAAUUAUGCAUUAGAUUCCUUGAAUCAAAAUAGUUCAUUACAACUCUUUCCAAGAUUAUCCAAAUCAACCCUUGACGAAUCAUUAAGUUUAAACGGCAGUUUAUCUGCUACAAAUACAAAUAAGUCAUCCCCACAACUGACUAAUGGAACGACAAUCACUGCCAAUGACAGUACCAAUAGUAACAACAGCACCAGUUCCCAUUCUCCAUUAAAAAAAUUAAGAAGUAUAAAGAAUGGAAUUAGAAAAUUAUCCCUUUCUAAUAUGAAUGGUAGUAGUAACAACAGUAGUAUUGCUUCAUCACCUUCAACACCAAAGAUUCCAAACUUAUCCUACACACAACCGGAGCCAAUUCAUAUCCAUACACAUUCACAUUCGCAUUCCAAUUCAACAUCCUCCAACUCAUCUUAUUCUUCUAAUUCAGUUAGAAGUAAAAGAAGUCGUGUUCCAAGUCAAAGUUCACCACCAAUAAUGUCACCUGUGAUCACCCUUAGUGAAAAUUUAUCUUCAACUAAACGUACUUUAAACAACAUGGAACAAAAUUACUUUGAUUCAAAAUUUGAUAUAAAUUCAUUUGAAGAGAUGGAUAAUGUUGAAGAUUUAAUCAAUUAUCUGAUCUUCUUGACUCAGCAAAAGAAGUCCUUGGAUGAAGUAUAUAAAUUGACCAAACAAAGGUUGGUAGACAGUGGAUGGUGUUCUGAUCAUGAUUUACAUAAUUUGCAAUUACAACAAGAUGCUUCAAGGUGCCAGAUUGAUACUUAUUUGUUAAAGAUUGAAGAAAAAUUGAAUAGAGAACAUGCUACUUCACUACUAGGUAACAAUCCUACACCAGUUUCCGGUACAAGUACUCCUACAACAACAGCUCCAACAUCUAGAAAACAAAGCACCAUUCAAAUACAAGCCAUGCAUAAAGAAUUGCCAAUCAGUCCAAGUUUGAAAGUUCUUGAAAGUAGAUGUUUUUCAUUUUCUGAUGUUUAAAAAGUUGGUUUAUGUCUUGAUGAUUUGAUUAGAUUUUUAUUAUUUGCUUUUUUGUUUUUUUUUUUUAGAAAAUUAUUUUACUAUAUAGAGUUUUUGGGGUUUAUACUAUUAAAGGUUAUUUAUUUAGGUCAAUUCUUUAGUUAGAUUAAUAAGAAUGGUUCUGUGAUAUAAUGUGUUUUCUGGGGAAACCGUAAGGCAAUACCAACGAUGAGCUCAUGUGAUUUUGACUACUACCGGAUGAAAGGGGUGUUCCCCACCAUGGUUACGAACACAUGACUAUGAAACUUCAAACAGUCACUCACAAAAGUUUAAACUUAAUAGAUAUACCGUAUAACAGCUCGUUUUGGGAACGAUGAUGUAUAUCUUCACCCAAGUUUAACUUGACACUACAAAUGCUUUACUGAAAAAAAAAAAUUAAAAUAUUUCGAAAACGCAGAAUCCAAGAUAAUGCCUUUUAAUUGUCGCAUACUUAGUAUGAGGACGUUGUCGAAAGGUUUGUUCUAGCAUUCUUUUCCCCUCCACUCAUUCAUUGAUAAGUAAAUGGUGCAGUGAAUAGAAGGCAUUCGUAUC